UUUCUCCAUCUGGGUUCUAUUUAGGUUGCUUAAGCAUCUGCUCCACUCAAAUCCCUCUUUUUCAAAGCAUAAAGCUUUUUUCUUGAAGCAGAGUCAGUAAUGGCGGAUUGGGGACCGGUGCUUAUAGCGGUGGUGCUGUUCGUGCUGCUGACGCCGGGGCUGCUGUUUCAAGUUCCUGGAAAAAACAGGGUGGUGGAGUUCGGAAGCAUGCAUACAAGCGGGGUGUCUAUUCUGGUCCAUACCGUCAUCUACUUCGGCCUCAUCACCAUCUUUCUCAUCGCCAUUGGCGUCCAUAUUUACACUGGUUAGAUGGUGAUGACUAUGAUAAUCAAAUCUUCUCGUUUUUGUUUGUUGAUUACUGGUUUGUAAUUUGAACGCUUUCUUAAUUGAAAAGUUUGAAGUUUGAUGUUGCCAUAUAA